AUGGGACAUAAAAAGGCAUCCAAGAGCACCACCACAAAGAAUUACAAAAAACAUCAAAAAUCUGAAUACACCGAUGACAACUCGGAGCAACUUGAACGACAGUUGGCAGAUCUGGGACUUGCUGUCAAGGACAUGACUGGCGAUGGCAACUGUCUGUUUCGUGCAUUGAGCGAUCAGUUUUUUGGAACUCCCAUACAUCAUCACAGAUGUCGAACUGAUACAGUUCAACAUAUCCGAUCCAACCCAACCCUCUAUGCAUCUUUUAUAGAAGACAACCACACUAUAGAUCAAUACUCUGCACAGAUGCUAAAACCAGGCAUAUAUGGUGGAAACAUCGAGAUUGUUGCCUUUGCACGACAUCACAAUCUUCACAUUGCAGUACAUCAGGCUGGACUUCCUAUCUGGGUUAUAUCUGAUGCUUCUGAAACAGCCAAAACUGUAGAUGUUGGUGAUAUAGGCUGCAAUGUACAGACUCAAUCGCGUGUACUGCAUAUUGCAUAUCAUUCUUGGGAGCAUUACAGUUCAGUUAGAAACGUCAAUGGUCCAUUUGUAGGGUUACCAUGCAUCGUUAUCACGCCUAAAUGCGAUUCGACUUCUCGAGAUACAAAAAAGAAAGCUUUAUGGGAUAGAGACCCUACAGAUCCACCAACAAAAUUAGAAAUAAUUGCCAUGCAGACCACAGGGGUAGACGACCUUGAACACGUUCGAAAACUGUUUGCUAAAUUCAGAGGAGAUGUAGGAAAAGUUAUAGAUAAGUUGUUGGCUGAUCAGGAAGCUGUAAAAGAAGCAGAUUGUGCUUUUGCUUUAGUCUCUAGUGCUCAUGAUGGAAAUGUUGGAAAUGAUCAACAAGAGUCCAAGGAUGCAGUAAUACCAUCUGAUGCAGAUCCGUCAGCUCAAUCUGAUGCAGACCCACCAGCGCAAUCUGAACCUCCGCCUAUAACACUUCCACCACAGACAAUCACAUCUCAGAAGCCUAAGCGAUUAUCAGCAAGAGAUAGAAAGGAAUUGUCCAAGAAAACUCGUAAAGCAAACGCACUUCAAAAUAAACGAAACAAGAAUGUAGAUUCCAAAGCAAAUGAUGACCCGACCGUCACUGGAUCCAACUUCAUAGCGGCAUCUAUAGAUGUACUUGCUACUCGUAUAGAUUAUACUUAUAUCUGA